AUGAGUUCUGGGACAAAGAGAAGAACUGCAAAGGAAGUGAGAUUUGGAGCCUACGUCUUGGGAUCUACUUUGGGGGAAGGCGAGUUUGGCAAGGUGAAGCUUGGCUGGCGCAAAGACGGCAAGCAUCCUUCGCAGGCCGCCAUUAAAUUGAUUCGCAGAGACUCAAUUCCAAAGGGCUCUGAAAAGGAAAACAAGGUCCAUCGUGAGAUCAAUGCCCUAAAACGGCUUGCCCAUCCCAACAUCGUGAGGCUGGAAGAGGUGCUACAGAACGAAAAGUACAUUGGUAUAGUGCUUGAAUACGCGUCUGGUGGGGAGCUCUUCGACUAUAUUCUUGAGCAUCGUUAUCUUAAGGAGUCGAUGGCCUGCCGCCUCUUUGCACAGCUAGUGUCUGGUGUCGAUUACAUGCACUCGAAAGGUAUUGUGCAUCGAGACUUGAAGUUGGAGAACCUUUUGUUGGACAAGCAUAAGAACAUAAUCAUCACCGAUUUCGGGUUUGUCAAUACUUUCAGAAGCACAGAUCUUAUGAAGACCAGCUGUGGGUCGCCUUGUUAUGCCGCCCCUGAAUUAGUUGUCAGCAGCGAGCCAUACGAGGGCCGUAAGGUGGACGUUUGGUCCUGCGGUGUGAUUCUCUAUGCCAUGUUGGCCGGGUAUCUCCCCUUUGAUGACGAUCCUCAAAACCCCGAUGGUGACAACAUCGCCAGACUGUAUCAUUAUAUCACCACCACUCCAUUGACUUUUCCAGAGUACAUUCAGCCAAGCCCCAGAGAUUUGCUUCGUAAGAUCAUCGUCCCAAACCCAAGGAAGCGGAUAGACUUGAAGCAAGUGAGGGCACACGCCUGGUUGGCUCCUCAUGCACCAUUCUUGUCCGUGACGCCUUCUGAAUGGGACAGAAACUACACAAGAGCAAGACAAGCCGUGCCUCAACAGGAUAAGAUCAACAGAAGACUCUCCCUUAUGGAAAACCCAAGCUCAGCUUCCCUCAUGCUCAACAAGCCGCAUAGCAGAUCCUUCGCACCUAAAACUAACUCAUCGCUAUUGUAUUCGAAUCCUGCUGCUCCUCAGACCUCGCAUACGGUUGCCAUCUCAUCGGGAUCGGAUAACUACCACUCUCCUACCACUCCACACGAGCUCUACCGCAGCGGUCGUGAAAAAGCCGGAUCAUCGGCCAGUUUGGUACUGCAAGCCGUCGUGGAGGCAGACAAGUUCGAAGUGUCACGCAGAAGAAGCAUUCAGAGCGAUUUCAAGACGUCGGUCCCAAGAUCUGCCACGUUCAACGAGGGUACAAGGACGUCGCGCAGCAAUAGCAUUAUUUCAACCAAUAUCCCUCUCAACUUCGAGACUAUAGCGGAGUCCCCAGCCCAACAAACGGAAAGAAGCAUGUUGCCACCUUUGCUCCCGCCAAUUUCGAGGUCCACUGGAUCUCAUUGUCCGAACUCAGCCCAGACAACAGCGUCUAUAUCAUCCAAGCUCCCUUCAAGAGCCAACAGACCACGUCCAACAUCAUACCAUCCUGCAACAGCAUCUUCGGGCUACAUGUUCCCGUCUCCAGAUCUUUCAUUCCUUGUCCCUGCUAAUUCCUCUGAGACAAGCUUGACGCGUCCCCUAUUCGAUAGAGCUAGCUCAAAUUCGUCGUCGCCAAUCAAAGAGCAUCGCAACUCAUGGUGUCAGCCAACUGAGCCUAUCCUGGACAAGGCCAGUGCUAGCGGCGUGCUGACAACAUUGUCUGAUCACGGAGAGAAGGAGGAGGAAACCGAAACUAUGAAAGACUCUGAGAAACGCAAGAGCGCAGCUUUGGACUCUUUGUCGAACGCAAUCGACAUUUUCUCCAUUUCAUCGACCACCACCACUCCUAACUCUCCAAUUAUGUCCUCUGAGUCGACCGCGAAGGUGGAAACGGCCAGAGAACAGAAAGUUGAGCCUGCAGGGGAGGUGAAACAAGUGCAAGUUAUUACGGCAGUGGAAGACACUGUGAAGAAGGUUCCGGAAGAUGACGAGUUGGCAGAGCUUAAGACAGGAAUAAUGGCUCCUCUCAGCGCUCCUCUCAGUGCUCCUAGUCGCCAGUCGAGCAUUUCUGAGCGCAGACACGAGAAGGAGAAUCGCAACAGCCGCAAAAGUGUUUCUGCGUCUGCCACAUCUGCUCCAAAGUUUAAACGGUUCAGCAUGCUAGGGUUCUACUCGAGUAAUAAUCUUUCGCAAGAGCUGCAACCGUCAGAGUCUAUUAUUCCACCGCGCAAAGUGCUAGAACCAAGCAACAAAAGAGACGAUGUUGCCGAAAGGCGCAUGACUAUGGGUGCUCGUCGGGAGAAGGACUCGACAGCUAAACGGGUGAUGGAUUUUUUCAAACGGCGGAGUGUGAGAAUUUAA